GGGCAACAGCAGUUUCGAACUGACGGCGGGUAGCGCCGGGCGCCGGAGGCGGUGCCUCCCGCGGGCUUCCGGGACUGGCUGGGAGGAGCCGGCGGGCCGCGCCGGGCGGGAAGUGAGAUCAGGCGCACAGGAAAUCCCGCCAGCGCCGAGGCCUGUGUUUGCGCUGGGCAGAGAAAGGAUCGGAGCGCCUGCAGCGGCCCAGCCGAGCCUGCCGCACGCUACGGGGCUGAGCCAUGUCUGACCAGACUGACACUGGUACAGAUAGGGAAGGUGUUUGCAGACUUUUCCCCCUUCCCUGAACUGCUAACAUUCAAAGAAGUUGUACAUGUUUAACCUCUUUAAGUAAAAAAACCAAACCAAAACAAAAAAACUUGAAAAGGCUUAUCCACCAUUUUAAUCUGGAGAUAGAGACUGAUCUGGAUGGACUUAAUGCGGAAGGAAGCAAAACCUUCAGCUGAGGACUUGGGAGAUAAGAAAGAAGGAGAAUAUAUUAAACUCAAAGUCAUUGGGCAGGACAGCAGUGAAAUUCACUUCAAGGUGAAAAUGACAACACACCUCAAGAAACUCAAGGAAUCAUACUGUCAAAGACAGGGUGUUCCAAUGAAUUCACUCAGGUUCCUCUUCGAGGGUCAGAGAAUUACUGAUAAUCAUACCCCCAAGGAGAACAUCCUUAUCAGAAAGCUCAGACAGUGUGGCUUGGAUGAGUGGACAGUGAGGUGGAUCAAGAACUGUCUGAUUCACAGAGCCCAGAGGAUGGUGAUCAAUGGCACAGAAUGGAGUUGGAUGCCUGUGGCCAGUGGGGUUCCACAGGGAUCAGUUCUGGGGCCAGUCUUGUUCAACAUCUUCAUCAAUGACCUUGAUGGAGGUACAGGGUGUACCCUCAGCAAGUUCCCUGAUGGCACCAAACUGGGAGGACUGGCUGAUUCCCCAGAAGGCUGUGCUGCCAUUUAGCGGGAUCUCAACUGACUUGAGAUUUGGGCAGAGAGGAACCUCAUGAGGUUCAACAAGGACAAGUGCAGAGUCCUGCCUCUGGGGAGGAACAACCCUAUGCACCAGGACAGGUUGGAGAUUGAUCUACUGAAGAGCAGCUCUGCAGAGAGAGACCUGAGCCAGCAAUGUGCCCUUAUGGCCACUAAGGCCAAUGACAUCCUGGGAUGCAUCAAGAGGAGUGUGACCAGCAGGUCGAGAGAGGUUCUGCUCCCCCUCUGCUCUGCCCUGGUGAGGCCUCAUCUGGAGUCCUGUGUCCAGUCCUGGGCUCCCCAGCUCAAGACGGACAGGGAACUUCUAAGGAGAGUCCAGAGCAAGGCCAUCAAGGUGGUGGGGGGACUGGAGCAUUUUUCUUGUGAGGAAAGGCUGUGGUAUCUGGGGCUGUUCAGCCUGGAGGAGACUGAGAGGAGACCUCAUUAAUACUUACAAGUAUUUGGAAGGUGCAAUGUCAAGAGGAUGGGGCAACACUUUUUCUGUAGUGUCCAGUGUUAGGACAAGGCUUAAUAAAUAAAAGCUGGAACAAAGUUCUGCUAAAACAUAAGGAAAAAUGUUUUACUGUGAGGAUGAGGAAGCCCUGGCACAGGCUGCCCAGGAAGUUUGUGGAGUUUCUCUCUGGAGAUUUUGAAGAGCCUUCUGGAUGUGUUCCUGUGUGACCUGAUCUAGGUGAACCUACUGUAGCAGGGGGAUUGGACUAGAUGAUCUCUAAAGGUCCCUUCCAACUCCUACCUUUCUGUGAUUUUAAGUUACUUCUGCUGUCCAGUGAUUUCCUCAAAUUGUUACAUCUAAGCAGGGGGAAAUGCUGUUAUUAAAAGACCUGAUAAGUGAGAAAAAGUUAUCUACUGUGAAUUUGAGCCAGCUGUCCUCUUCAAGAGAACAGUUGUAAACAGGCUUUGAGUUGCAAGCUGUAAGUCUCUGCUAUAUUGUGAGCUAGUAGUGUGCCAUAUGUAAUUCAUGUGGCUGUACAGCUGGUUCAUUUCACUAUGUGGUUGGUUAUAUCCUGCUCAUCUGUUACCCAGGAAUGUACAUAGAGAGAGAUAAAGCUAGCAGCUUCCAGGCUGACAUGUACUGGUUCAAGCAAAUUGAGACUUAUAAGACUUUUCUUUGGCUGGGAUGUGUUGAGGUAUAGGAGACUGAAGGAAACGGACUAAAAAUUAUGAAUGUUGGUUAGUGAGCUAGUGACUGAAACUUUUUUUUCACCCCUUUGAUGAAUUAUGAUGUGGCAGAGGAACAAACCACUGUAUAACUUGUCUAGGAUCUGCUCUGAAUUCAGUACAUGCGAUUUAUAACCUUUAUAUGCUAUUUUUCUCUG